GCCUUGUUAUUUUCACUUAAUUAUCCAGCAAUUAAUUUAAGGGAAAUGGGUUUUAAAACUAAGAUUAUGAUAUCGGUAUCAGGGACAUUAAUGUUAUUGGCAAAACUGAUGAUUGAGGUCAAUAGCGAGCCACAAGUGCCGUGUUAUUUUGUUUUCGGGGACUCGUUAGUUGAUAAUGGCAAUAACAACAAUCUCACGACUAGUGCCAAAGUGAACUACCCUCCUUAUGGCGUCGAUUUCCCUCAAGGACCCACGGGAAGAUUUUGCAACGGACCUAAUUUUGCCGACAUCAUUGGUCAAUUACUAGGAUUUGACCAAUACAUCCCACCAUUCACCAACACAACAGGCUACGACAUUCUUUUAGGUGUUAACUAUGGGUCGGGAGGAGGUGGGAUUCUUGACGAAUCUGGAAAACAACUAGGUGAGAGAUUCAGUAUGAAUGCACAAUUAAAAAACCAUGGAUUAACAAAGUUACGGAUUAUUUCAAUUAUGAAAAGUGAAAUGGCUGCCCGAAAUUACUUGAGUAAGUGUAUAUACACGGUUGGUAUGGGCAGCAACGAUUACAUUAACAACUACUUGCAACCUGCUUAUUAUUCAUCAAGCAAAAUGUACACACCUGACCAGUUUGCUGACCGUCUUAUUAACCAAUAUACUUUACAAUUACUGAGUCUAUACAUUUUAGGAGCAAGGAAGGUGGCAGUAUUUGGGCCAGGGCUCGUAGGGUGCACCCCAGCUGAGAUAGCAGUUUAUGGUGCAAAUGCUUCUGGUUGUGUGGAUUUUAUCAACAAUGAUGUGCAACUCUUCAAUGAUCGCCUUCAACCUCUCGUCAAUUAUCUUAAUCGUCAUCUUAUUGACGCCAAGUAUACUUAUAUUAAUAUCGCUCAAAUCUCUUCCAGUUCUUCUUCUGGUGGUGUGAAUCCGAUUAAUAUUCCGUGUUGUAGCGUUAACAACAUUGGAUUGUGUGUUCCUAACUCUGUUCCAUGUCCUUUAAGGAAUGAGUUUACCUUCUUUGAUGCCUUUCAUCCCACAACUAUCGCGAAUUCGUACAUUGGAAGCAGAUGUUAUAAUGCAAUAAAUUCUAGUGAUGCUCAGCCAUAUGAUAUUUCCACUUUAGCUGGCCUAAAAUAAAACAUGUACUAUAUACAUGUCUCUAAAAUAAAACAUGUCAUUUACUUUAUUGUAAAAGAAAUUGCCACGGGCUCUAAUCAAUAAAGGACACAAGUUAACUUUGUUUAA